UGUCAACAUGAGCGAACACGCUUCGUGAGUUAAACUUAUAUUUUCGUGUUUAAGUCAAGUUUGCUUCAUCUUGUAAACUACCUUAGAGAGGACGUUAACAAAGGAAUCACCAGACAAAGGAAUCCCAGAAAACUCAGAUCUGUAGUCAUGGUGAAAAUACAUUUAAAGAAGGGAGAUGAAAGCCAGUUUUUGUAUGAAACAACUGUUACAGCACCAGUUGAGGAAUUCUUACAUGAUGCUGUUGUAAUUUACAAUGGGCGUCUAAAAGUUGAUAGAAUAUGCGCAGAAAUGGAAGAACUAGCCAAGCAUGGGGUUACGCUACCCCCGAAUAUGCAGGGUUUAACAGAAGAACAAAUAGAGGAGUUAAAACUACGUGAUGAAUGGGGAGAAAAGUGCCAGCCCUCAGGAGGAUGUGUGACCAACAAGGAUACCAUUGGCAGGAGAAACGGUCAAGCCCCAAAUGAAAAAAUGGCAGAGAUGCUGAGAAAGACAAUAAAAGAAGCAAAAGAUAUGAUUUCAAAGGCAAAUGUUGACAACAAUAAAUUUGUUACACAAGCCACAGUGAAAGAGGCCCUUGACAUUUUGCGAGGAGCGACGAUGAUAGUAUACCCCAUGGGCUUACCUCCUCAUGAACCCAUCAAACUGGAGUGUGAUAAUGAGGAAGAUCUCUCAGGCACGCAGGCUUCUCUAGAAGUCAUUGAUCCCAAUGCAGCUGCGGUUUGGUUCUCUGGUAAAGAAAUGAUGCCAGGCAAGAAGUUAUGUGAUUAUAUUGGGAAAAAUGAGAAAACCAAAAUUGUCGCCAAGCUACAAAAGAAAGGGUUAGGAGCCCCGUCCAGAGAACCUGUAGUCAGUCAGGAUCAGCAGAAAGAGAUGAUGGCUUACUACUACAAGAAACAAGAGGAAAUGAAGAAAUUGGAGGUAGAAACUGAUGACUCUUACCUAGACCGACCUUGGGCUGAUGGCCAACAGUUAAAACGACAGUUCCAGGGUUUAAACAACAUCAAAUGGGGCCCCAGAUAACGCAGCCAGUGCUUUCCUUUCAUUCCUUCACCCUCAGUGCAUAUUUUCACAAAACUGGCUGCUCUGACAAUACAUACCAUUAAACUUCCAUUUUCGUUUUGUGGAUGUUCAAAAUUAGUUUCCUAGAUUUUUAGAAGACUAUCUUGUUUGUUAAUUCAUGGUUCAAUUUAAGCUCACUUUCAUUCAGUUUUGCCAGGGAAUGAUGUUGCUUUCCAUUUACUGUUUCGACUUAAUCAUUGCUGAGAGAAGUGUGGGGGUGGGAUUCCAGAACAGAAUAAAUGUUAUAUAUGUAUAAUUAUGACAAAAAUUCUUGGGAGAACACAUGUUUCAUAGCCUACACAUAAUGAGGAAGGGAUAGAACAACAAUGUUGAACUUUCUUUGCCAAGUUAUGCUGUGACACAUGGAAGGGGUGGGGGUGAGGGUCUUUGUUAUUCAUGAUGAUGUCAUACAAACCAGAUCAGAAUCAUUAGAGACUAUAAAGAAACUGCUUUUACAUAAAGUUACGAUAGAAGUUUGAGUUACAAAUUGUGAUAUUGAGACAUUCAGUGAUACUUCACACACACUAGAUGUUGUGGGAGAUAUGAAACCAUCAUGUUGAUAUGUUUGUGAUUUCUAACACUUGGGAAAUGUAUGACCUCUUUAUAUUAGUUUGACAUUCAAAUGUGUUAAAUAAAGCAAUAUAUUA